GUCUCUGUUUCUCCGGCCAUGCAGCUGCUCGCUGUCCUCGUGCUGCUGUUCUGGACCGGACCGGUUCGCGGUUAUUUCCCGGAGGAGCGAUGGAGCCCGGAGUCCGCGCUGCUCGCGCCGCGGGUGCUGGUCGCGCUCGUGUGCCGCAACUCGGCGCAUUCUCUGCCGCACGCCCUCGGUGCCAUAGACCGCCUCAACUACCCCAAAGAUCGGAUGGCCUUGUGGGUGGCAACAGACCAUAAUUCUGACAACACUACGGAGCUCCUCAGGGAAUGGCUCAUAAACGUUCAGAACUUUUAUCAUUACGUGGAGUGGAGACCACAGGAGGAGUCCACUGUUUAUAAAGACGAGAGUGGACCGAAGCAAUGGACCGAUGCUCGAUACGAGCAUGUGAUGAAGCUGCGGCAGGCGGCGCUGGACACGGCGCGUGAGAUGUGGGCCGAUUAUUUUCUGAUGGUGGAUUGUGAUAAUCUGCUGACAAACCCAGACUUUUUGUGGAAGCUGAUGCAUGAAAAUAAGACCAUCGUGGCCCCCAUGCUGGAGUCCAGAGCCGCUUAUUCCAACUUCUGGUGUGGCAUGACUUCUCAGGGUUACUACAAGCGGACGCCAGCCUACAUGCCCAUCAGGAGGCAGGAGAGGAAGGGCUGUUUCGCUGUUCCGAUGGUUCACUCCACGUAUCUGAUAGAUCUGAGGAAGGAGGCGUCCCGUCAGCUGGCCUUCUACCCGCCCCACCCCGACUACAACUGGGCCUUCGAUGACAUCAUCAUAUUCGCCUUCUCAGCACAGAUGGCAGAUGUUCAGAUGUACAUCUGCAACAAAGAGGUUUAUGGGUAUUUCCCCGUACCCCUGCGUUCUCAAAAUACGCUGCAGGACGAGGCUGACAGUUUUCUGCACUCACAACUGGAGGUCAUGGUACGUGGACCUCCAGCGGAACCAUCCGUGUAUCUGUCUGUUCCUCAGAAGCAAGCGGAUAAACUGGGUUUCAACGAGGUGUUCAUGAUAAACCUGCGCAGACGCUCCGAUCGCAGAGAACGCAUGCUGAGGUCUCUGUACGAACAAGAGAUCACUUGCAAGAUCAUCACGGCUGUAGACGGCAAGGCGUUAAACUUGAGUCAGAUUCAAACUCUGGGCAUUGAGAUGUUACCUGGUUACAGUGAUCCGUACCACGGACGUCCGGUCACCAAAGGAGAAAUGGGCUGUUUUCUGUCACAUUAUAACAUCUGGAAUGAGAUUGUGGAUCGGGGGUUAAAUGUGUCCCUGGUGAUCGAGGACGACCUGCGUUUUGAGGUUUUCUUCAAACGUCGCUUGCAGAAUCUGAUGAGCGAGAUUGAAUCUCAGGGUUUGGACUGGGACUUAAUUUAUAUCGGGAGGAAAAGGAUGCAGGUGGAGCACCCAGAGAAGUCCGUGCCCAAAAUCCACAACCUGGUGGUGGCAGACUAUUCCUACUGGACGCUGGCCUACAUGAUCUCAUUACGUGGAGCUCAGAAACUUCUGCGAGCCGAACCUCUGAAGAAGAUGCUGCCGGUGGACGAGUUCCUUCCCAUCAUGUUCAACAAACACCCCAUCGAGGAGUACAUGUCUCACUUCGAGGAACGAGACGUGCUGGCGUUUUCGGCCGAACCCCUGCUGGUGUUCCCCACGCACUACACGGGCGACGCGGGCUACAUCAGCGACACGGAGACGUCCACCGUGUGGGACAACGAGAUGCAGCACACCGACUGGGACCGGGCGCGCUCGCGAAAGAGUCGUCAGCAGGGGGAGCUGAGCUCCGAGGCUCAGAAUACAGACGUUCUCCAGUCGCCGCUGGACAGUACAGCCAGAGACGAACUCUAGAAGAUCUCCUCCAACACAACACGUUAACAAUGACAUCAUCCAAUGUGCAGUAUUGACACAUUUACCGAAAUACUGAAGACGCUGCUUCUCCGAGAUUACAUGGAAGCAGAUCUUAAGAACGGACAGAACUGUAGUGACAUAAUCUGAGAGAAGUGAAGCUGGGCGAUGUCACAGAUAUCCACACGAUCAGAGACAAUCCUUUCUGUGCUCUUAGGAACGUAUUCACUGUGUUGCCAAAAUCCUGUUUAAAGAAUCUUACAUCGAAUCGGUUCACACAAUGUGAUGCCGGUUUCAUGCGACUUUACACCUUUAUCGGAUGCAAAUUGUUUUCAUAUUAUAAAAAUCACAACGGGAGCUACGCAGUGAUGGUUACCAUAUACAUAAUGGUUGACAUGUUAAUAAAGGCGGCGAUGAUUUUAACCUGAUCUCAUGGGUCAGAAAGCUUGUCCUUGCCAAAUCCUUUGCGCUUUAGUUUAAACAAACGUUACUUUAACGUUUCUUUAUUGUCGAAGCGUAAUUGAAGAACAUUACUGUGAGCAUCGUAUUCUGUGUUGAAUUGAUUUCAAGUGGCCUUCUUGUGUGAAUCGAAAGUGUUCAGAAAUCACUGACAAAUUCCUGACAAACAUAUAUAAAUACGGAUGUUAGUACGUAAGGUAAACCUGCUUGCAGAUAACUAAUUUAUUGCUUGUUCAGCUGAGUUCUAAUUCACAACAUAAGUGUAAAUGUACAGAGCUGGUUUUAUGAGUAUUAAUGUUUCUGUCGCCCUCUAUCGAUCGUGAUAUGAACAGCAUGUGUUGAUCUCCGGUAUUAUUUGGCCUUUAUUUUUAUUUUUUUCAAUUGUGUAUUUUUUAUUAGGCUUAAGAGGUUGUUUUGGGAGAACAGCAACUUAAUACAUAAUUAUUGUGUAAAAUGUAAAUGUACUUUUUUUAUAUAAUUGCAUGUGAUAUAUUCAUUUUUACAUCAUUUGUUUUUUCGACAAUAUCGAAACGUCACCAUUAAAAAUUCCACCUAAAAACUUAAGUGCACAACAUUUCUUAAAUUCAAAUGCAACUAGAUUAUAAUUUAAAACAUUUUUGCCCGGUUUCACAGACACGGCUUAGUUUAACCAAGGACUAUGCUUUUAUAAAAAUGCCUUGGAAGAACAAUGGCACUUGACAUUUUGAAUUGAAUAUCACUUACAGUAAAGAAGUUUCUUUUAUUUUAGUUUUCAUGUUUUUUUUAUUUUGCUCAUAUAUGCAUUUCCAAAAUGUGCCUUUUAUACCAAGGAAUAAAACAAAAGUAAUUUAUUA